GAGAAAGCUUGAGCCUGAGUGGAGUGUCAGUGGCUUUGACGUGGAAAGGUGGCUCUGGGCGGAGCGCACUCGAGCCUGGCUGGCUGGUGCUCGUCGCCUUGACAAUUUCGCGCCGCUACAAGCAAAACUCGAGACCGAUCCAGUGCCAGACAAGGUCGACAGGGCAGCGAUACUGCAAGUCUGCCCGUGUGAUCGUGCAGAGACGGCUCACAUCGACCGAGACUGCCUUUUGAGAGGGCUGUCGACACGCUCAGAACAGACAGUCUUGCAAGUAUGCGAGGAGCAUCCGAUGGACUCCCAUGCAUCUGUGGCGGCUCACUCAGACUGGAAGCGUCUCUGCUCUCGAUGCCAGGCAGGAGAGCCUCUACAAAGGACAUGACGAGUCCUGCGACAAGGAAGAGUAUGCGGAGUGUGGCGGCAUCUUCAUCUGCUCUGUCACGCAUCUCGCCCUCAAUCUCACCUUGGCGUCCUCUGACAGUCCAAUCCCAGACACUGGGAGUUGCAUCUAGCGUAUCGAAAGCUGAGCGGCCACCCGUGUGCGGGAUCAGUCGGUCCUUUAGCACGAGCAAGUCGGUAUCACGCUCACCCACCAUGCGCAUGCUCGGCUCUCCCUCUGUGCGCACAAGGCUGACGAAUCUCACAUUUUACACUGCUGCUGUGAUGGCGAUCAUCACUGUCUCUGCCAGCGUGCUGCCGUGCCCGGCCCGUCAUACCGCACAGAAUGAUGCCUCUACGUCAAAGGAGGACUCCGCGCCUGCCUUCUACCCCGCUCCCCAGGUCUCAGGUUUUCCUUCCUGCGCGAUGGUGAAGCUCUCCGCCAUUGUCGCUGCUGCUGCCUUUGCUGGCUAUGCUGCCGCUGCACCCGCUGCUGCUGCAACGACAGCCAAGCCAGACCCAAAUAGUGCGAUCGGCUCAAUCCUCGGCGCCGCUCGUCUGCUGAACAACAUUUCCGUCUUCAUCCCAGUCGACACUGCCCCUCAAGACAACCUCGUUCAGGCCUCCUUCUUUGUCAACAACCCAUUGGCAAAGAACGGCAUCCUCAACGAAGAUCUCUAUCUCAAUUCGAUCAAAGCUACAGCGUCGGUGAACAAGACGGUCUAUGCGUCCUUCAGCUAUACAUUCAAACCGGCUCUCAGGGUAGCAGCUGGCAAGACCGUCAGCUCGCCCGUCAUCCCCAAUGUCAAGCUCGUCCAAGGAUUUGACAAUUCGCUGGGCCUCCUCGAUGCGUUUGGCGGCCCUGUCGGCUACUUUGACGUUGCGAGCAUCAUCAAUGCCACUGCCAAAUCCUCGCUGCUCUUUGGGGCUAUCAGCGCGCCAACGACGCUCCAGCUGAACUAUAACGAGAAGAAUGUGACGACUUACUUCAACUUUGAGUGAUCGCUGAAACACUGUGUCAGCGGAGGAUUGUAAGGUCAUGUCCAGGACGGAUAAUGCAUCGUGUUCCGAGAGAU